AAGGCAAUAAGUAGCGUCCAGUAUUUAAUAGUCAUAAACAAAAGCGCUACUUUCUCUUUGAAAAACUAAUCUAAUCUCUACAAUCCAAUAUUGGUCUGAGUUCUGCGGCAAGAGAGAUCCCAAUAUUACCAAUACAUAUAUUGGACCAAUAUUAGACUAAAAGCAAAAAUGGGUUAUGAAAUCAAUCGUUUCGUUACAUUCGUUGAUGAACUGCUCUUGUGUGUCAUAUGUAACGACGUCCUAGAAGAUCCUGUAAAAUGUGAUGCGUGUGUGGCUGAUUUCUGCCGUGCUUGUAUAUUGAAAUACUUAUCUGAUCAUUCAAAGUGCCCGGAAUGCAGACAUUCUUUAGUGAAAGAGGAUUUGACAACUUCAUCUCGCGUUGUUCGCAAUAUGUUAGCAGACCUAACUAUUAGUUGUGAGAAUAGAAUUCAUGGAUGUGAAACUCAACUCAAAUUCGAUUCAUUGCAAAAACAUGAGGAUACGUGUGAUAAGAAUCCCUUCCGAUGUCGAAUGGGAUGUGGUUUACUGAUAAAAGAUGACAACCACCACUGUGUGAGUGGCCUACGUCAAAUCUUGGAAAUGCAAGCACAGCAAAUUCAAAAUUUACAAUUAGACCGAGCUCAAUUGCAAUUCGAAACUAAAAUUCUUGUAAAUAAAUUAAAUGCAUUAACCGCGAUAAGGCUUAAACUUCUACAAAAUAGUAUGUUCAAUCCUUUUUUCAAAGUCGGAAUCCUUGCUGCUUCCUUAUUCCUUUAUUUGAAUAAUUUCAUUAAAAGUUUUUACUUGAAAAUUUUUUCGUGAUGCUAUAAGAUGUCAAAUUAAACAU